AUGCUUCUAAAGCUGAACAGGACUAAAAGUAUGCGAUGAAACCGGUUGAUAGCAUCCUACAUGCUUUCUGUUUUUUUUCCAGAUCUGGCUGAGCUCUUGAAGGUCGAAGGACCCGAAAAGAUUUGGCUGAUGAAAGAAAAGCGAUCGUACAAAAAGAAGAAGAGCUCGGCUCUGAAGAAGAAGAAGAAGGAGAACCAGACCGCUGUCUCUUCGAUCGCCAAACCGAGUAAGAUACUGAAUGAUUUCUUUAACGCUUACUGUUUUCCAAUUUCAGAAAGAGGAAGGCCACGGAAAGUCCGCGAACAGACGAACCAGGCCACCGUUUCUUCGAUCGCCAAACCGAGUAAGAUACUGAAUUAUUUCCUCAACGUUCACUGUUUUUCAAUUUCAGAAAGAGGAAGACCACGGAAGGUCCGCGUAGAGACAGAGGACGGUCAUAAUGUAGAUCCGUCUCAGCAAAGAAGUGAGAUACUCAUACUGAUUUCAUUUUUAGCAGUUAUUGUCUUCAUUUCAGCAGGAUCCGGAAGAUCGCUAGAGAUCCGCAAUGAGGAGGAAGAACGUGACAACGAGACCGCCCCGGUGCAGCAGAAUGAAGGUAAGAUACUGUAGUAUGCCGGAUUUCAAUCAAUACAUUGCAUUUUAGAAGAACGCAAGGGACAGCUGCCAAAUGAAGAGAAAAGAGAGCAUGGCGAUUCGGCUCAGAUUUCAGAGAACGAAGAGCCGAAAGUCGAUGUCGACAACAACGAGGAAUGCCGUCCGAACCAGGCACCAGGUUAGAAACUACAGUGUGCCAGUUCUACAGGCAAAAUCAUUUCAGAGAAGAACAGAGGAAGCUCACAGCCGGAAGAGACACAUGCCGGAGAUGUCCCAAAUCAAAUUAUCGGCCAAGUAAGUUUUCAGAGUGUUUUCUUGAAAAUCUUCUGUGGCUUCAGGGAGAGGAAGGAGAAUUCGAUGAAGAAGACUUCGAUUUGGACGUGGAGAUAGCGAACCUCCCGCCAAGUUUCGUGGAGACACUCGGAGUGCUGCCACGGGGAAUUUUUUACUGCUAUCCGGGGGAUAGCUCGACGUACGAGAACUUCGCCGAAGAAAAUUCGGAGAACAUCGAUUGGUCGUGA